GGGUCGGCGCCCCGCAGCCCAAUCGCCGCCGGGCCCCGCCCCGCCCCGCCACCCGCGGGACGGGUAACGGUUACGAAGCACUUUCCCGGCGGCGAUUUCUGCUUAGUCAUUGUCUUCAGGAAGCGGCUCCGCAGUUGGAAGUCAACUCUCGGCGGGCGCCGCAGUCGCUGGAGCCUCCGCCGCCGGCGCGUCCUCCCCGGGCCGCCGCUCCGCAGCUGCCGCCGGCUCUCGGGCCCGAGCGCAGGCCGAGCUUCCUCCCCCACGCGGGGAUCCUCGCGCGCAGCUCUCCGCUCUCGGGCGCCGUCCUGCGGGGCGGUCUCCGUCCCCGCCGCCGCCAGGCCCCUUCGCUCGCUUGGCCGCUGCCAUGGGCACGGACAGCCGCGCGGCCGGGGAGCUGCUAGCGCGGGCCAGCACCCUGCACCUGCAGACCGGGAACCUGCUCAACUGGGGCCGCCUGCGGAAAAAGUGCCCGUCCACGCACAGCGAGGAGCUGCGAGAUUGCAUCCAAAAGACCUUGAAUGAAUGGAGUUCCCAAAUCAGCCCAGAUUUGAUUAGGGAGUUUCCAGAUGUCUUGGAAUGUACAGUAUCUCAUGCAGUAGAAAAGAUAAAUCCUGAUGAAAGAGAAGAGAUGAAAGUUUCUGCAAAACUGUUCAUUGUAGGCUCAAAUUCCUCAUCAGCAACUAGAAAUGCAGUUGAUAUGGCUUGUUCAGUCCUUGGAGUUGCCCAGCUGGAUUCUGUGAUUAUUGCUUCACCACCUAUUGAAGAUGGAGUUAAUCUUUCUUUGGAGCAUUUGCAGCCUUACUGGGAGGAAUUACAAAAUUUAGUUCAGAGCAAAAAGAUUGUUGCUAUAGGCACCUCUGAUCUAGACAAAACACAGUUGGAACAGCUCUAUCAGUGGGCACAGGUAAAACCCAAUAGUAACCAAGUUAACCUUGCCUCCUGCUGUGUGAUGCCACCAGAUUUAACUGCAUUUGCUAAAGAAUUUGACAUACAGCUAUUAACUCACAAUGAUCCAAAAGAACUGCUUUCUGAAGCAAGUUUCCAAGAAGCUCUUCAAGAAAGUAUCCCUGAUAUUAAAGCACAUGAGUGGGUGCCACUGUGGCUGCUUCGAUAUUCAGUCAUUGUUAAAAGCAGAGGAAUUAUCAAAUCAAAAGGCUACAUCUUACAAGCUAAAAGAAGGGGUUCUUAACUACAACUUAGCAUCAUAACCUACUGACUUGUAUUUCCCAUAAAUGUAAGAAAAAGUUGAGAUUGAAAAAAAAUCUAAUUACUGUCUUUGAAUGGUGUCAGCAAGGCAAAUAUUCUUUAGUUAUAUCUGACAAUAUGUUAUUUGUGAAGUUUUGAAUACUUAUUUAGCCUCCAUAUCAGUUCACUCAUUAGAACCUCUGCAUUGUUUCCAUUAAACUAUCAUUUUCUAAUUGAAAUUGUCUAUAAAGAAAAUACUUACAAUAUAUUUUUUUCUUUAUUUUUAUGACUAAUAGAAAUCAAGAAAAUUUGUUGGAUAUAUUUUGGCUUAGGCAUCAGGGUAAUAUAUAUACAUAUUUUUUAAUUUCCAGAAAUAUUCGUUAAUUGCUUCUUACUAUAAGAAUAACUAAGCAGUUUAAUUACAUGUAUUAAACUGAAAUACUGGAUAUUUUUCUUGAAAUUGAUAGAUAAUAUUAUCUCAGAAUAACUGGAGUAGCUGGCAUCUACUUACUAGUAGUGUAAAUAAAAUUCAUUUAAUACAAGAACUAAAACAAAUUUUUUAUGUGUUCUUAACUGAUAACUUACCUAUAAUGAUUUAGCCUUGUAUUCUUGUGCCAUAAUUUCUUGCUAUUUUUUACAAAGACAUACCAAAGUAAAUCUGAAAAGACUAGAAAUUUUGAAAUUGCUGUUUAGGGGUUCGUAAGAGCAACUGUUAUCACCUCCUUUUUUUUUCAAUUCUUGAAAAUUCUAUUUUGCUUCUCAAUAAAUAUUGAGCCCUUCCUACUUGCUGAGUUCUCUGAGCUCUGGAGAGAGGAGGACACACAGACCCAAGGAUUAAGGAUCAGAUAAGCAUUGUGAUAGAAUUUGUUCUCACUAAUAGCUGACUGAAAACUAGGAAUCAUAAGAGGUGGCUCCAGAGAUAACACAGUAUUGGACUCCAAAGCAAGAGAUCCUGAGUCCAAUCCCUGGCAUCACAUGUGCCAGAGUGAUGGUCUGAUUCGUGUUCUCUCUCUCUCUCUACCUCUCUCUCUCUCUCUCUCUCCUUUCUUACUAAUAAAUAAAUAGAUAUUUUUUAAAAACCAUACAAAGAGUCUUAAAGAAUCUUUGAAUCUUGAACCUGGGACUUAGAAGCCUAAGGCAUGAAAGUCUCUUUGUAUAACCACUAUGUUGUCUCCCUAACCCCCCAAAAAAUCUUUGAUUCAGGGUCAACAUAGUCUUGUAUAGAAAACUUUAAGAUAUGGUCCAUUAUUUAAAAGCAAAACAAUAUUAUCAGAACUACAGAGCUAGAAGAGACAUAGACAAUUUAGAAUGAUUUCUCCUUAGGUCAAGAACCUGGCAAAAGCAAGUAAGCUGAGACCUUUGAUUUCUACUCUAGGUCUACCUUACUCUUUAAUUUUUGUACUAUAACCCAAAUAGUUUGAAACAUUUUCUUAAUGAUCAAUCAUAUUUUAAAACCAUAGGCUUAUGCAAAACUAAUUUUGCCCAAGUUUUUCAACUUAGUAAAAGAACUGUGAUCCCAUAUUCAAAAUAAAUACAGGGUUGGCAUGCCUAAGACACCAAAUGUCCCAGGUUCAUUCCUCACUACCACCACAAGCCAGAUUUGUGAAUAAAUAAAUACAGUAGACUUACUUUGCUAUCCUAAAUAAAGCUUUAUGCUUUGUUGGUUAUAUAAUUUAAUAAUUAAAAUUGUAAUGUGAAAUCAACCGAUUUACCUGCUUAAACUUGAUUAGACUUUGAGCUUCCUAAAGUCUUAAUCAGCCUUUACAUUGACUCUAUGUUCUGCUACUAAAUGUGCAUAGUUAGAUUUUUCUAUUAAGAGACUUUUUUCAUAUAAAUCUUUAAACAAAUGCUCAUUUAAAUUUGAAAUUAUAUAGUGACUAGGUCAGGAUAUUUUAAGAGGGAACUUUAAUGUCACAUUUACUAUUUUCUAGUAGUGUAGGCUCACAAAAAUAAAUGGAUUGUUUGAAGGGUUCAUUUUGAAAGUGAGGAAAAAAUUCUGUGGUGAAUGUAUCCAAACUUCAGCAAGAGUUCUGUCAUGUUCUGGGUUUCUCCACUCUUGAGAGAGGAGCAAGAGUAUAGAUUUGUUUGACUCGUUUUGUUAAGGUGAUCAUGUGUGUAACUUUUAAAUGAUUUUUUUAAUUUGUUUCAUUCUGUAAAUUUCAUUUGUUAUUGAAUAACGUAUAAAAGUACUUUUUAUGCUUUAUAAUUUUCCAAACCUGUGUUCACAUUACUUUCAUGCACUAUCAAAAGACAGUACAUACUUUUCAAAUAUUAAGGACAGAAUGUUUAAAAGCCAUAAAGAGUGGUACUAUUACCAGAUAAUUGCUUUAAGCCUACUAUUAGAUGAUCAAUAGUGUAUAUAAUAGGUAUGUUUUCUGUGGAUAUGUGAAUCCAGCGAGCCAAGGUAGAAUUUACAUAAUUUUUCCAGUAAACAUGAAAAGAAGCUGUAGUUUAUAUUUGCAAAAAUCCACUGGAGCCUUAUUUUAACACAAUGUACUGUAACUUGGAACUCAUUUUGUGAUAGAUCUACCUUGAAUUUCCACCCAAGAAGGUAUAAUCACCAGAAGGACCAAGGAUCAUAUGAUAUAAAUUCUGAAGAGCACAUUGUGCCAUUAUGCUAAUAAGGUACCCACUUAGGGAUGGCUAGUUCCAGAACUUGAGUCACAUGUUACAAGUAAUAAUUUUUCACUUCUCAAAAAACAUCACUAGGACAGGUGGUGUAGGAAAUAGAAAAUAUAGUUAUUCUGUUGGGUUGUUAGAAAAGUUACGCAUAUUUUCAAUGUUUUUCUAUGCAAAAAUGCAUCAUGAUUUUUCCAAUAGCCCGAUAUUUUGAAUGAAUGACUCAGAUUUCUUCCUGCCAAAGCCAUGUAGUAACUGAAAUAGAAUCUUGAUUUUCAGUGACAAGGACAUCAGGCUCAUUUAAUAGCCUUUCUGUAACAGGUUUUCUUUCUAACUUUUCCACCCAGUAUUUUCAAUACUUGGGAAUGUAAACAAUUGUUCUCUUUACUGUAUAUUGGCUGAAGGUUCAUUUUUCUGCCAAAUGUAAAUUUAGUGAAAUUUGUAGUUUUAAAUGAGGAUUUAAUUCAUUUCUGAUUUAUCUCAAAUACACCAAUUUGAUUCUGAAACUUUUUUUCCAAAGUAAUUUUAUGUACCAGAUUUUAUACCUCCUAUUUUCCCAUAAAGUCAGUGAUAUUAUGUGUUAAUUUUAUUUUUAAAAACUAUGUAAAAUAGCUCACUAAUAUUUUUGGAGUUUUUUUAAAUAAAUACACUGACCAAAGUAAAAGCAAAGUAUAUUAGAUAUUUAUAAUAGUCUUACAUUUUAUCUACAGCAUGAUUUCAAUUAAAGUGAUACAUAUGUACAUAUAUGUAUUUUUGUGCUUUUUUUUUUGCCACCAGAGUUUUACAUUAGGGCAUUGCACCUGCAUAAUUCCACCACUCCUGACACUUUUUUUUUUCAUCUUAGGGAGAGAUGUAGAGAUAUCACACUCUGUCCCAUUGAUCAUGAAGCCACUUCUCUGCAUGGUGCUGUUUCCAUGUGGUAGUUGGGUUUUUUAACCUGGGUCCUUGAAAAGUGUGCACUUGUCCAGUGAGAUAUCUUCCAACCCCUGAGUUGUAUAUUUUUUAAUUGAGUUGCUUUAGUGAUUAGAAGUAUUUUGGAACAUUACAUUGAUGUUGAACUUAAACUGAGUAUAAGUUCAAGAUGAAUUAUGAAUGAUUUUUAAAUAUUCAAGCCAUAAAACUAUUCAUACAUUCGUUCACUCAAACAUCAGGUACCUACUGUGUGCUAAAUACUGUGCAGGAUGUUUGCAGGUAGACAGAGAUGGAUAAACAACCCUUCUUCAAAGAGCCUAUCAUACAUUUGGAAGAAAGGAAGGGAGAUCUGUACAAGAGUGAUAAAAGGCUGCAUUUGUUGAUGGCAAAAGUAGUGGAAAGGGUAUGAGAUGUGUGGAAGGAAGUGGUCAAGAAAAUCACCCUGAAGAAAUUAGAGUAAAUUCAGAGAUGGAAGUACAUGUGGACUUUCUGGAAAGAUGCUCUUGUUUGUGUAGUUUGCAACUGUGCUUUUAAUAGUUUAUAUGUAAAACAUUAGAAAUUCAGUAAAAAAUACUUUGUUCAAGAGCUUGUCCUUAUAAGAAAGGAUUGGCUUCUAAUUAGUAGAUAUGGUUGGAAAAGUCACGUCUUAAAUUAAAAUUUGCCCAACUGUCCAAAAUGUAUUGCAGAGUAACUGUAUAUAGUUUCGCUAUCAGAGAAAUCAAGAUGAACCUUAAUGUGCAUCUCUCAGCAAUUAAUAAAUAUUAAAAUUUA